AGCGCCACCGCGCUCCCAAGCGGCGCACUGCAGCAGGCGCCACCGGGCCGGCCCGCUAAGAGUGAUUCUUAACACCCACCUCCCAGAAUAUCCACAUUUUUGUUUCUGUACCUGAUAGAAUUUUGAUUCAUCAUGGAUAAUCUGUCAUCAGAAGAAAUUCAGCUGAGGGCUCACCAGGUUACAGAUGAGUCUCUGGAAAGUACAAGGAGAAUCCUGGGUUUAGCCAUUGAGUCUCAGGAUGCAGGAAUCAAGACAAUCACUCUGCUGGAUGAACAAGGAGAACAACUAAACCGCAUAGAAGAAGGCAUGGACCAAAUAAAUAAAGACAUGAGAGAGGCAGAGAAGACUUUAACAGAGCUCAACAAGUGCUGUGGCCUUUGUGUCUGCCCAUGUAAUAGGGUGAAGAACUUUGAGUCUACUAAGGCCUAUAAGACAACAUGGGGAGAUGGUGGAGACAAUUCACCUAGCAAUGUAAUAUCUAAGCAGCCAGGCCCGGUGACAAAUGGUCAGCCUCAGCAACCAACCACAGGAGCAGCCAGUGGUGGAUACAUUAAACGUAUAACUAAUGAUGCCAGAGAAGAUGAAAUGGAAGAGAACCUGACUCAAGUGGGCAGUAUCCUGGGAAAUCUAAAAAACAUGGCCCUGGACAUGGGCAAUGAAAUUGAAGCUCAAAAUCAACAAAUAACACGGAUCACAGAGAAGGCUGACACCAACAAAGAUCGUAUUGAUAAUGCCAAUGUCAGAGCAAAGAAACUCAUUGACAGCUAAAGUUACUGCUGUACUUCUUUAUCAUUUAUUCACUUCUCUAGCUCCUCUUCCAAAGUUGUUACCUUUUCAGAUUUUGAAAUUUGGUCCCACUCUUCUAAUCGGGAGAUAGUGUGGAAGAAGGGCUAGAGGAGUAACAGUCUUCCUAUUUUCUCUGUUUCUCUUGAGGGUAUACUGCUGCUCACUCAGCUUUCUAGUAUUUUCUUUCUCAGUACAUACUCUUACAUAGGUUUUCAUACAUCACAUGUAGUGUUUUCAUCCUCCUCAUGUACUUCAGCAGGUUCUUUUGCUUUCAAGAUUUGGAAGCAUUGCCAAAGACAACCAUGAAGAAGGAAGCUGUAUAGGUGGUGUUGGUGUUGGUGUGUUUUUGUGGUGGGGGCAGAGGUGACAGAUAAGAGGUUUAACAAGAAGAGCUUUUACACUCAGUAGAAACUUGCAGGCCACAAAGCAGAAAGUUGAAUAUCCACAGUAAAGAUCUAGUUGAGUUUAGUUUUUAAUUUAAGUUGCAGUUAUUGCCAAUUUAAGCUAAUGCUUGGUUUUGGAGCUUUUUAUACACAAUAUUUUUGUUGUACAUCACAGUUUUGCAACCUCUACUCCAAAGAGAAGAAUAGAAUGAGUUAUCUUAAAGUGAGCUUAAUUUCUGAACUCUUAGUAUUUUAUAUAUGUACAUAGAUUUUGUGAUCCCAUUUCAUAUUGCACCAUUUAGGAACACUUUGUAUAAAUGAAUGGCCUUUUUAUUUUCAUAUUAGUAGUAGUAUCAUGGUCCCAUUACAGGCCUAUUAACCUCAAAAAUAUGUAAAUAUAUAUGUGUAACAUGAGAAUUUCUCUUUAAAGCAGGGAUUAAAAUUUUUUUGGAAAGUUUGGCACCAUAUAUCACAUGAAUGCAGAUUUACCUCAAUGCCAAGAAUUAUGUUUAGAUAGGAAAAAGGAAACUUAUUUUGAUCUCAGGCAGAAAAAUAGAUUGCUUGGAGUUUUAUGUAGCUUUAGACUUUAAAAAAGUUUGAAUUUAUUCUGUCUUACUAGAAGUGAUUUGGAAAAUUACACCCUUGGUUUAAUUAUUGAUGCUUGCACUGUCAUUUCACUUAGCCUUUUGUAUUGAACUAUGUCCAGAAUCAAUUUUAUGUAGAUCCUGAACAGUGUUAUGAAAAUCUGAUUGGUAUCUGUCACAUUUAAAAACUAACAUCUGCACACUUUAAAGCUAUCAGUGUGGACUGGUUUGACUAACAACCACUGCUUGAUCCUAACAAUUAAAUUUUAUAACUAACUAA